AUGCAAUUAGUCAAGGAGUUUUCUAAGCUAAUGCAAGGUGAGUUUGAGAUGAGUCUCAUAGGGGAGUUGAACUACUUUCUCGGUCUUCAAAUCAAGCAACUCAACGAAGGUAUGUUCAUGUGUCAGACAAAAUAUUGCAAUGAGUUGCUAGAGAAAUUUGGUAUGAAAGAUGCAAAGUCAAUUGACACUCAAAUGCCCACAAAUGGAAACUUGGAAAAAGAUGAAAAUGGUAAGGAUGUUGAUGUCAAAAAGUAUAGAGAUGUGAUUGGAUCUCUUAUAUAUCUUACUGCAUCUAGACCAGACAUUAUGUUUAGUGUGUGUAUGUGCGCUCGUUAUCAAUCGACUUCUAAGGAAUCACAUUUAAAAGUCGUAAAAUGUAUCGUUAGAUACCUUCAUGGUAUAUCUAAGUAUGGGCUUUGGUAUUCCAAGGGAAGCGAUUGUAAUUUGGUAGGUUAUAUCGAUUCAGAUUUUAUCGGUUGCAAAUCGGAUAGGAAAAGUUCUAGUGGAACUUGCCACGUGUUUUCAAACUCCUUAGUAAGUUGGUAUAGCAAGAAACAUGUUUUUGUUUCUUUGUCAGCUAUCGAGGCGGAAUACGUAGAAGCCGAUAGUUGUUGUGCUAAAAUAUUGUGGCUCAAACAAAAAUUACUUGAUUUUGAUAUUAAACUACAAUGUAUUCCUAUUAUGUGCGACAACGCUAAUGCUAUUGAUCUAACCAAAAAUACGCAUUCGGGAGCAAUAAAGGCGUUUUCAAUAUUUACAUCAUUCUAUGUGAAUGUUGUUUUAUUGAUGGUUUUAUCUUUGUAA